AUCAGGAAUAGUCAGUCCUCUUUUGGUCUGGGAACCAGACUAAUGGAAUUGGGUCUGGGAACCAGUUCGAAGCCUCUUUGGCCGUCUCUCUCUGAUAGUUACAAAGAAGUUGUCAUCACCGGAGAAAGAUGGCACCCUCCGUCAGACCUCUGGUUCGGCACAAAAUUGUCAAGAAGAGACUGAAGAAGUUCAAGCGUCAUCAGUCAGACCGCUACUACAGAGUCAAGACCAACUGGAGGCGACCCAAGGGUAUCGACAACAGAGUGCGUCGUCGCUUCAAGGGUCAGAUGAGGAUGCCCAACAUCGGCUACGGCAGCAACAAGAAGACCAAACACAUCCUGCCCAACGGCUUCCGUAAAUUCCUCGUUCACAAUGUCAAGGAGCUGGAGAUUCUCAUGAUGACGAACCGACGCUACGCCGCCGAGAUCGCCCACGGCGUCUCGUCCAGAAAGCGCAAGAGCAUCGUGGAGCGCGCCCAGCAGCUGGCCGUCAAGGUGACCAAUGGCCACGCCCGCCUCCGCAGCGAGGAGAACGAAUAGACUGGGACUCUGGAAAAGGGGGGCGCGUGGGCUCUGGGAGGGGCAAGGGGAGUUGGUUUCUGUAGACUCGAUACAGAGAUGCAUUCCAAAACAGGCAUCUAAAUAUAUUAACCCCGCUCCGAUAACCUGUCUGAUGUGGCCACUUGUUUAGUUUGACCAGAUUGGACUGGGUUCCGAUGAUGACUUAUCGCACGUUGCAAACCUCUUCAUAGUGGCCACCUUGGCUUUUGGUGAACCUCUGGAAAUUGGCCACCUGUUUUCAGUCUUGUUUCAGAUAUUGUAAAGGAAUGGAGAAGUCAAAAAGGAGGAAAUAAAUUUGGCAAAGCUGGAAAUAAAAA